GGGGCGGUGUUGGACGCACCGCGCAGAACAUGCAUAUCUGACAAUUUGACGAUGCCUUUCUUGAGCAAGCUGAGGGAGGGCUGUCAUCCAUUUGGGGGAACGACGAGUGCCGUUGAGAUAUUCCGUCACUCGGGUGUUCGGCACUGACGGCGCUAGAAGAAAUCCAGGCUGUCGCAAUUCAAAUUUCCCGAUGUCCGUCUUCACCUCGACUAUUUUGUGGGAGUUUCCGGUCGAUUGCUCCUUUCACCGUCUUUGCUUGACGUCGCCAAGUUGCCCAGCUCAGGCCCAGCAACUUGGCCCAACUCUGGGCCAACAUGUGUCUGCCGAAACCCGCUCACCUGAGGGCAAAAUCGAGCGAUGCAAUUCGUGGGGGCUUGUCAUCCAUUUUACUCGUAUCUUGACGUAAGGGAUAAUUCUGUGUCUCUACUGUACAUAUAAUUUACCAGAUAUCACGUGAAGUUUAUGGAGUAUGCAGGACAGUCUUUGCGCCUAUUGGCCAGCACCGGUAGUGAUCCGAUAUGUGCGUGCGGGAGGUGCCGGCUCGGCCCCACCUUCCACCACCUCUGCUCUAAGACCGGGCCCGUCAUCAGACAACAUCACACAGUACAGCAUGUCGAUCCCUGUGGUGACAAACAUUGAGCUCAGCUCCCUGGCCAAGCUUGCCAGCGGCAAGGUGCGGGAUCUUUACAAUGUCGACGAUAAGACGCUGUUGUUCGUAACAACGGACCGCAUCUCAGCCUACGACGUCAUCAUGGCCAACGGGGUGCCCCUCAAGGGCGCUGUUCUCACCAACAUCUCGGCCCACUGGUUUAAGGUACUCCAGGAGCGGAUCCCGGAUCUCAAGACUCACUUCAUCACCCUGGACCCUCCUGCCAACCUCGGCGAUGCCGACAAGGAGCUGGUGCGCGGCCGCAGCAUGCAGGUUCGCAAGCUCAAGGUAUUCCCUGUCGAGGCCAUUGUGCGUGGCUACAUCACGGGAAGCGCGUGGAACGAGUACAAGAAGUCGGGCACGGUACACGGACUGGCCGUGCCUGCCGGCCUCCAGCAAUGCUCCCCCUUCCCGGAGCCCAUCUACACCCCCAGCACCAAGGCCGAGCUGGGCCAGCAUGACGAGAACAUCACCCCCGAGCAGGCGGCCAAGAUCGUUGGAGAGAAGUACGCUGCACGCAUCGAGGCUCUGGCGUUGAAGGUCUACAAGGCCGGUGCGGCCUAUGCGGCUGAGCGGGGGAUUAUCAUUGCCGACACCAAGUUUGAGUUUGGUCUGGACGAGGAGACAGAUGAGAUUGUCCUCAUUGACGAGGUUCUCACACCCGACAGCUCGCGCUUCUGGCCUGCGGAUGAAUAUGAGGUUGGCCGGGACCAGGACAGCUUCGACAAGCAGUUUUUGAGAAAUUGGUUGACCAAGGAGGGGCUCAAGGGCAAGGAUGGUGUUGAGAUGCCUGCUGAUAUUGCUCAGUCCACCAGCGAGAGGUAUUUGGAUGCUUUCAAACGUCUGACUGGCAAGACAUUGCAAGAGGCUCUUCAGGGGUAA